AUGUCAUCUGCUCUUCCAGAAGAGAAUCUUUCCUGUCCUGUGUGCUGUGACAUUUUUAGAGAUCCUGUGCUGCUAUCAUGUAGCCAUAGCUUCUGCAGGAGCUGCCUCCAGAAGUUCUGGGCAACCUCCGGUACCAGAUGGUGUCCUGUCUGCAGGAGAACAUCCUCCAAACGAAGUCCUCUCUCCAACCUGGCUUUGAGGAAUCUUUGCGAGGUUUACAUCCAGGGGAGAAUCCAAAGAGCUGAAGCUGGAUCAGAGGUUCUCUGCAGUAUGCAUGGUGAAAAACUCAAGCUCUUCUGUCAAGAGGACAAACAGCCCAUCUGUGUGGUGUGCCAAACCUCAAAAAUACACAAAAAUCAUGAUUGUUCUCCGAUAGAUGAGGCUAUACAGGACUGCAGGGAGAAACUCGCAGCUACCCUCGGGACAUUGCAGAACAAACUCUGCAAGCUUACUGAAACGAGAAUUACUUCUCUUGAAACUGUGGAACACAUAAAGAGUCAGGCACACACCAUUAAGAAGAAAAUCAAGGAUCAGUUUGCAGAGCUCCAUCAGUUUCUAUACAAGGAGGAGGAGGCUAGCUUAUCUGCACUGAGGGAAGAGGAGGAACAAAAAGUUCACGCACUGAGGGAGAAAGAUAAAGAUAAUGCAGAAAAGAUAUCAUCCCUCACAAAACUUAUCAGCACCAUUGAACAAGAAUUAACUGCUGCUGAUGGAACAUUCCUGCAGAAUUUCAGAGCCACUAUGGACAGGACCCAGAGAACAAUGCAGGAUCCAAAAGUGCUCUCAGGGAUGUUACUGGAUGAGGCCAAGUACCUGGGUAACCUGAAAUACAGGGUCUGGAGCAAAAUGAGAGGGGCAGCUCAAUACACCCCGGUGACUUUGGAUCCAAACACAGCUCACCCCUGUUUGAGUCUCUCAGAUGAUCUAACUGCUUUACACUAUUCUGCUCCCCCUCGCCCUCCCCCGAGAAACGCCGAACGUUUUUGCAUAAGUGCAGAGGCACUUGGGUCUGUCCGGCUCUGCUCCGGACUUUGGUCCUGGGAUGUGGAGCUAGGAGAAAACAAGGACUGGAUCCUGGGCUUGGCAAGUGAGUCUGUUCACCGGAGGAGGGAGAUAGCUGCACGACCAGAGAACGGGUUCUGGACCCUGUGCCUGCGAGACGGGGUGUACAAGGCGAUGACAUCACCGCCAGAACCUCUGAAAGAAGUGAAGAAGCUCCAGAAGAUCCGUGUGCAUUUGGACUGGGAUAGAGGAGAAGUAUCAUUCUCAGAUCCAACCAACAAUAAAUUUCUGUACACCUUCAAACAUAGAUUCACAGAAGGGGUUUUACCGUAUUUUUACACACAGAGUAAACUUCCCUUAAAAAUCCUGCCAAAGGCUAUAUCUAUUACUGUCAGUGAAGACAAUCUGCCUUUAGAAGAGUGA